UUGUCCAUAGGCCAGAAAUCUUGAAGCAUGGGCGACUGGAGCUUACUAGGGCGGCUGUUGGAGAACGCUCAGGAACAGUCAACGGUCAUUGGCAAAGUCUGGCUGACUGUCCUCUUCAUCUUCAGGAUCCUGGUGCUGGGGGCCGCGGCAGAAGAGGUCUGGGGCGAUGAGCAGUCUGACUUCACCUGUAACACCCAACAGCCUGGUUGCGAGAACGUCUGCUAUGAUGAGGCCUUCCCCAUCUCACACAUCCGCUUCUGGGUGUUGCAGAUCAUCUUCGUGUCCAUGCCGAGUCUUAUCUACCUGGGCCACGUGCUACACAUCAUCCGUAUGGAGGAGAAGCAGAAAGAGAAGGAGGAGAUGGGCAAAGCAACCGCGCUCCAAGAGGAGAAAGAACUCCAUUAUAGAAAUGGUGGCAAUGCUAGAGGAGGAGGAUGCGAUAAGAAGCAGAAGCAUCCAAUCAGGGACGAGCAUGGCAAAAUUCGUAUCAGAGGUGCAUUGCUGCGUACCUAUGUGUUCAACGUUGUUUUCAAGACCCUGUUUGAAGUGGGAUUCAUUUUGGGCCAGUAUUUUCUCUACGGCUUCCAGCUGAAGCCCUUGUACAAGUGUGCACGUUGGCCCUGCCCCAACACUGUUGACUGCUUCAUAUCGAGGCCCACUGAAAAGACUAUUUUUAUUAUAUUUAUGCUUGUGGUGGCUUGCGUGUCUCUUUUGCUGAAUUUGUUAGAGAUCUCUCACCUUGGAUGGAAGAAAAUUAAGCAGGGCACGACAAUUGAGGUAGCACCCAAAUACAAGUCGCUGCACCGCGUCAACAUUGCAGAGCUGCAGUGUUUGGACUUGGCCUCCAGAACGGCCCCUUCCAGCCUCAGUUACCCUCCUAACCACACAUAUGUGACGGCAGGCAGCAAUGCAUUUCUGCUACCAAUGGGGCCAAACGCCGUGUCCUCAGCAGCAAAGCUCAAAAUGGACGACCCCCAGCAAAAGCACUCCCUCCGCAAGCUCUCCCCUCCUUCCCACUACUACAUCAGCAACAACAACAAUUACAGGCUGGCCACUAAGCAAAACUGGGCCAACCUGGCCACCAAGCAGCAGACUCAGGAGAUGAAGGGCACAUACACCUCCCCAUCCUUCUCUUCCUCCACCAGCACUGAGAAUGGGCAGCAGCAGCAGCAGUCCAUCAAUGCUGCACUGCCCGAUAUAGCUGCCACUGCUGCCUCCAGCAGCAGCAGCCCCCGCACUGCCUCUAAGACUGGCAGCUGGAGAUGGGAGAAGAGUAAGCAGGAGGAAUUCCACGUCACCAACAGAACAGACCUUCAGCGGCUCAGUCGUUUCAGCAAGAGCAGGAGCAUCAGGGCUAAGCCGAGUGACCUGGCUGUCUAAAUCUCUAAAUCCCUUUACUCUACCUGACCAACACCCCGCGUCCCCCAAACACAGUGAUUCUAAGACAAAAAAAAUCUCAUGAAUAAAGCAAAAAAGAAAGAAAGAAAGAAGACAAGGCGACAUUAGACAGGGAAACAGAACUGCAGAAAAUGUUUAGGCAAAUGUGAAGGAGUUCAGACACUGGAUGGUGAGUCAACAACUUUAUUAAAAGAAAGAAGGCAUUUAGUGACCUCAAAAGACAUUUUCCAGAUGUUAGUCA